GGCGUGUCACUCCCCCAGAAUCACUCGGAUCCCCUUUGUCCUCCGUGCCCAGCCAGCGACACUCAUGGCGGCUGCACCCGUCAGACAGCGGCCCGGGCCUGGGGGAGCCCGGGCGCCGCUCCCGCCCUGCUACUACGAGGGAUACCUGGAGAAGCGAGGACCGAAAGAAAAGGCAUCCAGGCGACUGUGGACAUGUCUCUGCGGGAAUUCACUGUAUUUCUUCAAUAACCCCAAGGACACCCAUUUCGUAGAGAAGAUGGAUCUCAGUGGAUUUGUGUCCCUGAAGGACGACUGCAGCCGGGACAGAAACCUGGAGGCGGCCAGACUCAUCCUACGCAUGAAGGAAGGGGAAACCAAACUUACAGCACCUAACCUAGAAUCAAGGGAGCUGUGGAAAGGUUUCCUCUACUCUGUCAUUGAUCUCAAUGUGCCGUCCUGCCUGACGUUGCUGCCGGGCCAGCUGCAGAUGCUGAAGGAGGUGGUGGACAAAGAGAGGUCCAGGCGGAGGAUUCGAACACCCACACGUGCGCCUCCCUCCCCGCUCUCCGUGCCUUUAGUAGGAGAGAUCCCAGCGUGCUUUCGGCCAGUGUCGCGGACAGAGGCUGAAGUCCUCCUGGAGCGACACCCAGACAGCGGCAACAUGCUGCUCCGUCCAGGCCGGGACGGAUGCUCGCUGGCUGUCACCACUCGACAAGACCUCAACGGGUCGGUGUUCAGACAUUACCGUGUGACUCAGAGGGACCAAGGAGGUUAUGUCAUCGAUGUAGAAAAUCCUAUUCCCUGUGCUACACUUCACGAGGUCAUUGACGCCCUGGUAGAGAAGACGGCAGGAACUCUUCAACCGUUCCUACUGGAGGAGCCAUAUGAGGAGAAUAUCACAUAUGUUUCUGCCAAUGAUGAAAAUGGAGAAAGGAUCCUCCACACUGCCCCCACUAGCCCCCUUCCAAAGGCUCCUGCCCUGCCGCCUAAACAAGAUCGGUGGUGCAGCAGCAGUCCCCUGUCCAGGUCCCCCGCCCCAGACCGCCGUAUCCUGACCACGUCUGUACCGGCCUCGCCCACCAACCCGAUGAGACGACUCAUCCUCUCUCCUUCACCUCUUGCACAGUCGCUCAACGAGGAACUCAAAAUGAAGCUGGAGAAGAGACGAGCCAGUCAGGACUGAUUUCACUCGGGAGGAACUACUUCCUGUCACAGCGAACUCAAUCUUCAGUGCCAAACCCCUUCUCACCGCAGCUAUGUACUCAUCCUGUGCCUUCUAGGCGGAAGACAAGGGACUACAAACACCGCCAUUUUCUUUGUAGUGCUUCGUCCAAAUGCAUCAAACUGUUUACAAACCGCCGUCCCAACAGAUGAUUACUUUCCCUUCUCUGAAUCAAUGUGACUGGCAGCUAAAACCUCCAGGAGAAACCCCUGACACACUCGGACCACCAACAGAGCCGAAUGUUCUCCUGUCUGAGCCCGUGUCUGUUUGUGCUGACCUGCUGAUGUCACUGCCGCACCUGAGACACUUUAUCUGCUCCGAAAGUAAAAUAAACCAGGCGCGCUCAGGUUUCAGCCCAGCGGCCCUCCACCUUCCUCCUCAUCUAACAUCUAGUAAUCAUGUGAAUAUGGUGGAGCUGGCCUGAAGGUGAAGCCUGCACAGUCUCUGCCUGCUGCUCCGAGUGUUAUAUGUGGUGAAUAAGCAUUGAUGACCAUUAAUAUGUUGUUGAUCGAAACAGCGACACCACCCUGGUUCAUUUCAAAUCCAACUUUGACUGUAAUGUCGGUGCUGAUUUUAAAGUGUUUCCUUAUUCUCUGCUACUGUGUAUAUGUGCUACUGUAUGGUGCUACGACUCACCAGUGCUCAGACCUGCUCGGAGCCUCCGCUGUUCCCCUUCAAGAACGUCUAUCUGCUGUAUGUGAGGGUGCCCUCUAGUGGAAGGGCUGUAAACUAAAGAGACAGAACACUAUUUAAGUAUUAAGUACACAAGAACCAGAAACUUGGCAAAAACCAAAAGUUUUAUUUUCCAGAUUAGCCCACGAAGGGUUUUGGCUAUCACAGUAUUAUAACCUAACUUUUGUCCUUCAGUAACAAAAUGAUAAUGUAUUACAGAUCUGAGGGUCUUUUUUUUUUCUACAUGGGAAACAUUAUUUGACAUUUCUGUCAAUUGGCCAGUCCGAGCAGAUUUGAUAUGUCUGAGCACUCGUGGAAAACUGUGAUCAACUGACUUGAGUCUUCUUACAAUGAUCGGUUUCUUGUACAUGUAUGUUUGUACAAUAUGUGAUGUGUCCACUUGAUCACUAUUGAAGGAUAGUGCUUGUAAGAUAUUGAGGGCAUUAAAUUGUUUUUGCAUGGA